GAGCAUCUCACUCCGAGAUCUACACAUAGUGGGGGGUGACGUUGCCAAAGCCAUUGCAAUGUGUGUUAAUGCGACUCAUAGGAAGCCGCUGACAAAAGUACCGAACAUUACUCAAGCCACCGACCACCCUCCAGGCACAUGUGCCUGUGUGCAUCAUGACUCGCAAGCAUCUUGUACCACAAACACGUGCAAUACAUCAGACAAUGAGGCACGCCGGGAAACCCAUACACAUACGAAAUCUGAGAACUUAAAUGAUCAUGCGACACGUCACGAAAAAUCAAACACAUCGAAUUAUCCGCACGGACAGUCCAACUGUCAUCACCGCCACGGCUCAGUCACAUAUCGCUAUUUAGAAAACGUGUCCGACAAAUUGUCAGACAGACAGUGUGGGCCAGCUAAACAGAGCAAAGGGUUGGGAGGGUGCACCAGGCACGGCGCAGAGGUGACUUACAAAUACGCACACACACCCAGGGAAUCAGACGCAUACGUCAAGUCACGAAAGGAUAGCAAUGUAGAUGCAACCUCACACACACAUACACACCCCAUCCCAACCACGCAUACGGGACCAAACACACAGACGGCUGGGCGUACAUGCAUUGCUGAGUGUGCCGCGGAUGGCAAACGGCGCUGUGGAGGAGAAUUGUGGAAGAGCACACAGACGACUAACAGAGAGGGCCGAGAGAGACGCGUGGGUGCGGAUACGAUGUCGCUGGAGAUACGCGCAGGGAAGCGUAUGAAACUCAGCUCAGCCGAGGGAAAUCGGCUGCAGAUAGAUACUGCGGAUAGACUGGGUACAGAUGCACAGCCGCGGAUGGAACUUGGUAUAUGUGAUGAGAGCAAUGGAUCGAGUACUGCGCUCGCUGGCGGUGCACAGGCAAAGACAUUUGCAAAGACAUACAAGGAUUGUAAUGUAUCAGAUAUUGGGGUACAAGGUAUUGCAAGGGCGUCUUUAAAUGUUAAUAACCGCGUGCUGGGUGCUGGUUCCGAGGCGCAGGCGCAGAGCUCGUCUGUGGGACUGGAGAAGCUUGUCAUCUCGGAUUGUACG